CAUCAUCAACAUCAUCAACAACACUAAAGGACGGACGGACGGACGGACGGAGGCCGGCAUCGAGAUGAAGGUCCCCGGCCUUGGCGCACUGAUCUGGGCCGCUCUGGUCAGCCACAAGGUGUCCGCUGAGUACGGCAUGGCCCACUUCAGUGACAAGGGCGAAAGCAAAGGGAAGGACUACUGCAUCUUCUUCAAUUCCCAGUGGGCCCGUCUACCUCAGGACCUCCACAAAGCGUCACGUCUGCAGAUCUACGACCUGACACCAUCGGUGCUGUGCUCGCCGGUUGACGUCCCCGAGGGGGGCUUCCCCAACCGCAUCCCCAUGGUGAUGAGGGGGAACUGCACCUUCUACGAGAAGGUCCGUCUGGCUCAGAUGAACGGCGCCAAAGGCCUUCUUAUCGUCAGCAAGGACAGACUGACCCCGCCAGCGGGCAACAAGACUCAGUACGAGGAGAUCGACAUCCCCGUGGCGCUGCUCAGCUACUCUGACAUGCUGGACAUAAGCAAGACAUUCGACCAGGGAAGACUGGUUGCCAUGUAUGCCCCUAACGAGCCAGUGCUGGACUACAACAUGGUGAUCAUCUUCUUGAUGGCGGUGGGGACAGUCGCCAUGGGAGGACACUGGGCGGGCAGCAAGGAUCGGAAGAAGCGCUACAUGAAGUACAAAAGAGACGACGGGGCGGACAAGCAGGACGAGGAGACGGUGGACGUCACUCCCAUCAUGAUCUGCAUGUUCGUGGUGAUGUGCUGCAGCAUGCUGGUGCUGCUCUACUUCUUCUACGACAGCCUGGCCAUUUGGGUCAUAGCCAUCUUCUGCGUGGCGUCUUCCAUGGGCCUCUACAGCUGCUUGUGGCCUUUUGUGCGCCGCCUUCCUUUCUGCAAGUGCAGGAUUCCGGAGAACAAUCUUCCCUACUUGCACAAGAGGCCGCAGGUGCGUGCACUGGUGCUGUCGGCCCUCUGCGUCGGCGUCAGCAUCACCUGGAUGGUGUUUCGCAACGAGGACCAGUGGGCGUGGGUGCUGCAGGACGGCCUGGGCAUCGCCUUCUGCCUCUACAUGCUCAAGACUGUCAGGCUGCCCACUUUUAAGGCUUGCACUUUACUGCUGGCGGUCCUUUUCGUCUACGAUGUCUUUUUCGUGUUUAUUACACCCUUCUUCACCAAGAGUGGCGAAAGCAUCAUGGUGGAGGUGGCGGCUGGCCCCUCUGACUCGGCCAUGCAUGAAAAGCUUCCGAUGGUGCUCAAAGUCCCACGCUUGAACUCCUCCCCCCUCGCCUUGUGCGACCGUCCCUUCUCCCUGCUGGGCUUCGGCGACGUCCUGGUGCCAGGCCUGCUGGUGGCGUACUGCAACCGCUUUGACAUUUUGACGCACUCCUCCAGAAUCUACUUUGUGGCCUGCACCAUCGCGUACGGCGUGGGCCUGCUGAUCACCUUUGUGGCGCUGGCCGUGAUGCAGAUGGGCCAGCCCGCCUUGCUGUACCUGGUGCCUUGCACUCUACUCACUAGCCUAGUGGUGGCGCUGUGGCGCAGGGAGCUGCCUCAGUUCUGGACUGGAAGUGGAUUUGUGCCGCCCAUAGCUCUCGCCCCCAUCAAGUGUACGCAAACGGCGGAGCCACCGCCUGAUGGCUCUAAGGCGGAGACCCCGCACGAUCAGAACGAAGACCCGCCCGCCGGUCUGCCUCAGGAGAUGCCCCUCGCUGAAAAAGAGAACACUUUGAACUGAGAGGACAUCCAAGUUCUGCAGGUUUUUCCUCUCACAUGGCUUUAUUAUCAUUACCGUAUUUUUCGGACUAUAAGUCGCAGUUUUUUUCAU